UUGCACGGGGAUAGCCAGAGGGCGGAAAGUGCCGAGUGAGAACGAAGUUAGCCGAUUUGCUCUGAGGAUGUUCCUACUGAGUGGGGGUAGUACACUAGUCGGGUAGAUGCGUCGCAGGGAUGUCAUUUCAUUUUAUUUUUAUGCUCGUUAAUUGUGUCCUAUUGUGCAAACGAUGAUAUCGUCUAUUUUCCGUAGAAAUAAAGUCGUGUACGUUGUCAAAUUGAGGAUUUAAAGGGUCACCAGGGUAAGAGUCAGUUCUCUCCAAUUACCAGUCUACGCUUUGUCCGUUAAACCGUUUUGUCUUUACUUUUAGAGAACUCUAGUGGCUCUGUUAGUCCAAAGUCGGGCACACAUUGUUUGGCCUGCAGACUACAUUAGUCCUUGAGGAAGAUUAUCGCUUGAAACUAAUGUCAAGCUCGGAACUGAAUGCUCUGAUCUAUUGAUGUCUUAGACCAAUAUAAAAUCAAUUUUCCGCAUUCGAAACCGAGCCUUCCCCACGCGUUCGCGCCUAAAUCUAACGGUAUCGGUGAGCGAUCAAAUAUUUUGACAGUUUUGACACGUGUCACAAAAAUAAACAAUCAUUUGAGGACCAGACUCAACGAAUCGCAGGUUCAAUAUAUAGACCGUUUAUUUUGAAAGUGGUGUAAGUCCAUUUUUGAAAAAAAUGAGAUAUCACGAAAUUCCUGCUUAAUUUAAUGUGAAUUUAUUAUGUAUAACUAGUCCGUGUUUAAUUUCUUAAAAAAUUCCCAUGUUUUGUACAAUUUAAAAUUGGUCGGCAAAGGAAAUUGCAUAAUCAUCGAUUAUGAAAGUGGUGCAAAUCCAAUUGACAGAGGUAGGUGGCUUAGCAGAUCUUUGCCGAUCGGUAGCCUGUUAUUUUACAUUUGUUUUACAUUACGUGUCAUAUUGCGAUAAAAAAAAACAGAUAAGAAAAAACACUAAUGGAGAACAGGUAAAUUGGUUGCAAGUAUGUUGGAUGAGGUUUCUCAAAAGUGCACCAUACACUAUUUUAUACAAAACAUCGAUGAAGGACAAAGAAUUUAAAACUACAAAUUUAUUACCUACACGUCCUAGAAGACCGCUAAAUUUUGAAAAAAUCGCCCUGGCGCCUUUGUACCAAGAUGCCAGGCCUAUUACUUAUGAAAAAUAUAAAGGCAUCAAUCAGUCAUUACCUUAUAUACCUCCGGUGCAUCAUGCAUAUCUCGAAACACUGCCACAAGCAGAGCUGUCCAUGUCCUGUCAACCUACUUUACUCCUCCUGGCCGCACCCUUUGCCGUGCGUGUUCCAACUCAUAAUUUAGCAUUUAUUGAACAACGGCUUGAGGUUGCCAUAGGAACGUGACAGCACAACACACGCGAUCGGAAGCAACGCCGGUAGUGGAACUGCCAGGAUAAAACCUUCUAUUACUACAGCAGACGUGCUAUAGAAGUAUUAUCCAGCCUACCAACGUGAAAUCCCUUGGAGAGGCCCAGACCAACUUCCCGCGAGAGUCCUUUGCCACUUUGGUAUAAUCGAUGACACCCGGUAUAAAAGCGUAAUAAAUAUCACGAGAAAGGUGGAUAUUACCUUUCGCCGUAACAGCUCAUACCCAGGAAAGAAUCCCAGAGUGAUUCUCAUUGGAAAAAAGCAAAUAGCCGAAAAAAAGACAGCAAAUCACCUUAAGGACGUAAAAGUAAAUCGCGCGAAUAACGUCGAGUAACGAAUGUUCAAAUGAAAGUAAAGGCUUGCGAAAAUUCAACUACUCUCGACGAUCCCUUUCUAUUUGGGACUCUCGAUAAAUACUGGUAUACAUAUACGC